AUUUCAUUUGAUAUUAUUUACAACGAUGGAUAAUUUAGAUGAUUUACUAAAUAAAAUUAAAUCUAAUGAUGAAAUAUCAAUUGAAGAAAAACAACAAAUUCGUACUGAAUUACGUCAAAGAUUCCUUAAAUUGAUCACAAGAUUACAAGGUAAACAAUGUAGUUUUAAAACAUGUGAAAAUACUAAUGUAGAGGCAUUAUUUAAAGUAUGUGAUCCAAAUUUUGAAACAAUUAUUGUCGAAAAUUUGAAAACACCGGUUAUGAGUUAUGAUAAUGUAAAAUUACGUGAAACUAUUGCAUCGAGUAAUAAUAUAUCAACAACACUCAUUGGACUUGGCGUUAUGCCAGGUUAUGGUGGCCACCCACAAUAA